AUCACUCUACUAAUAGGGGGUAUUCCGGAAACGGGAGAAACACGUAUUAAUAAUAAAAAAUAAGACACAUAUAUCCAGCAAAUGCUUUGCAUUUUUGCAGCGGAUAUAAUGGUAAUAGAAAAGGACAAAGACAUUGGCAACUGAGGAAGGAGUAGGGGUAGAUGUUUAUAGAUAACCGAUCAGUUCACGCCUAUUUUGUUUUAGUCUCCGCUCUCAAUGUCACGUUAUCAAAUAUCUUUUUUUUUUUUAAGUUCAUUCUUGCUUCAAUACUAUCGGAUUAUUAUGAUGAUUAGUACUUCUGAACUAAAAGUAAUAAAAUUUUUUCUUCUUUUUUGCUUAAGUUGAAAGCGCUCCUACGCUAUGCUAUGCUAUGCUAUGCAAGUGCUGGGUUUUUAUUUUGGAGAUACGGGGGAGUGGGACUGACCGCUAACGAAUCUGAAUUCUCAACUUGUCCGCCUGCAUAUAACAAAUACUAGUAAUUUCUACUCUUUCUGAUUGCCGCUAUUGCUAUGUCUUUUUAUUUCUGGAAAAUCUUAUCUUUAUAACAAUUACAACAGCUACUACUAAGAUUUAAUUUAAGUAGAAUGAUUCAUCGUUGUUUUGUUUGUAAUAAUUGUACUGUUUAUUGUUGUCUAAAUUCUUCUACUUCUACUACUUACUGAAAUAGACUAGGAAAUUGUUGCAUAGGCAGGCUAGAUUGAGAAUCCAGAUUCAGUUUGGGAUCAGGUCAAAGAUUCAGGAUGACGAUGAUCUCAAUCUCAAUCUGGGUUUCUGGAGUACUAGUAUAUUAGUAUAAGCAGCAAACAGAAUCAAUAUUCUCUUCUUUUUCUUCUUCUCGUUCUAAAUUUGUGAAAUUUGUCCUCCCUGAAUUCAGGAAUUUCCUCCAUACAACAUACUACAAACACUCACCAAUAUGGUUGAAUCCUGCGUUGUUCACUCCAUAGACGAAGCGGUGGAGGAGAUCAUGAGAAUUCACAGAUCUCUGCCGCCACGCCCAGCUCUCGACGAGGUUGAAGCUGCCAAGGCUCUCAUCCGAAAUGUGGAAAAGGAAGACCAAGCUAGACUAGAUGCCAUUGGUCGGCAGAGCAAGAACCCUGACGUCCCGGAAGAGCUCUUCAUUCUGCUCCUUGAGAUGCAAAAGAACUUGGUUUACUUCCUGAGCAAGGAGAAGAAGAGAGAGGCCUUGAAAUUGCUGGAUCUCGAGACUAUCCAUGCUCUGUUCGAUGAAUUUAUCCAGAGGGCAUCCAACUGUCUAUCCUCUUCUUCCUUGAAAUCUCGUGAUAGGCCCACGCACUCAAACACCUUGCCCCACACCACCGCUCCUCCGCCUUCCAACAACUCACCUGCUGCUGCCACGUCAUCCUCCGCCUCCAGGGAGCCUACCUCAGAACUAGUACUCUUCACCAGAGAUGACAGUUAUGUUAAGAAGGCCAAGUCUUCCUUCUAUGCUAACGCCAAUGAUGGGUUUGGUAUUUCCAUUUCAUCCACUCCUCACAUAUUGGAUUCCUCUCUUAAAUCCGGGGGCACCACUGCUGCGGUUCAUGAUGAUGGCAAAUUUAGUUUGAUUAAGCUAGCUAGUUUAAUUGAAGUCUCUUCAAAGAAAGGCACUCGAGAUCUCAACCUCCAAUCCAAGUUGAUGGAUCAAAUUGACUGGCUUCCUGACUCAAUUGGAAAGUUGUCCAGUUUAAUUACACUUGAUUUGUCUGAUAAUCGUAUUGUAGCUUUGCCUGACACCAUUGGUGGCCUUUCAUCCUUGAAGAAACUUGAUUUGCAUUCAAAUAGGAUUGCUCAACUCCCAGAUUCCAUUGGAGAUCUCCUCUGCUUGGUCUUUCUAGAUCUCAGUGCGAACCAGUUGUCAACUCUGCCUACAACCUUUGGGAGAUUGGUACGCCUUGAGGAGCUUGAUUUGAGCUCCAAUCACCUUCCUUCACUCCCUGACUCAAUAGGUUCACUCAUUAGCCUCAAGAAAAUGAAUGUGGAGACAAAUGACAUUGAUGAAAUUCCACAUACUAUUGGUCGCUGCACUUCACUUAAAGAGCUUCACGCAGAUUAUAACCGGCUUAAAGCCCUUCCGGAAGCAGCUGGGAAGAUAGAAACCUUAGAGGUUUUAUCCGUGCGCUAUAAUAACAUCAAACAAUUACCUACAACAAUGUCAUCUUUGGCAAAUCUGAAGGAACUUGAUGUCAGUUUCAAUGAGGUUGAGUCUGUGCCUGAGAGUUUAUGUUUUGCCACCACACUUGUCAAGAUGAAUAUAGGCAACAAUUUUGCUGAUCUGCGGUCGCUGCCAAGGUCUAUUGGGAACCUUGAGAUGCUUGAAGAGCUGGACAUUAGCAAUAAUCAGAUCCGGGUCCUCCCAGACUCUUUUAGAAUGCUAACACGCCUUCAAGUUCUACGUGUGGAAGAAAAUCCUCUGGAAGUGCCUCCUAGACACAUUGCUGAACAGGGUGCACAGGCUGUUGUCCGGUAUAUGGUUGAUCUUGUUGAGAAAAAGGAUGUAAAAUCAGAAACGAUGAAGCAGAAGAAGAGUUGGGCUCAAAUAUGCUUCUUCUCGAGGUCUAACAAAAGGAAACGCAAUGGAAUGGACUAUUUAAAAGCCUGAUUUACAGGACUUUUAUAUUGGGUUUUUUAGCAGUUGGUCAGAUAAAAACAGUUAGGAAGAUGCAACAGUCUCAGGCAUUGCUCAUGGCUCUGACUUUUCUUCUCAAAAUUGUGGAUUUCUUUUCCCUUUUUUCCCAAUCAAUUAUAAUUGUUUACCCCCCUCGAUCUUACGCCCACUUUAUUUAUGUUGUUCUUGCACUCUAUUGAGGUGUAUAAUUCAGCCCCAAACAGGGGGAAGAGCAAAAUGUUGUAAUCUGUAUUUCUAUUGUAAAAUUAAGUUUGAGCACCAUUUUAACAAGUGGUAAAGAAAUUCAUUCUUUGAAGACGGAAUCAUUUUAAAAAGUUUCUCAUGUGAUGCACGAUUUCUUUAGUUAGUUGAAUUUUUGCAGCUAUCUUGAUUUAAGAUUCUCUAUGUAGGAUUCCUGUCUAUGAUUCCGAAGUGAGAGAGUCACCAGAUUAAACACCUUUAUAGGCCGUGGUAAGAUCUUUGUUUCCUUAAAUCAUGGUUGAUUUAGCUAGGGAGGGAUGUAAACUAAUUGAGCUAGUAAGGCUCAAUUCAAAAUUUGAAUUCGACUCUUUUGUUAUUGAGCCUACCUGGAUAACAAGU